UUUGGAGUUUGGGUUCAUGUGCAAGCAAUGUGUGAUAAGUUUUAACGUCCAUAAGUUAAUGGCAUGCUAUAUAUAGGCAUUGAGGAGCGAGACACAGAGAGCGAGUCAUUGCCUUGUCAAAAUCCUUAGACCAACGUUGUCUUCGGAGCCUCGAUAACAUAGGUUGUUAAACUAUUUGUUAUUGUUGUUGUUAUUCUCUCCAAAAUAUCCGGGGGUAGGUACCCAUUUUUUCUGAAUCAUCAUCCAUCACCUACUUUGCUUAACAAUCCUGAUACCCUUUGGUGAAAAAUCGCUUCUGGGGUCUCAAAGGACCGAACUUGGCAUCAGGGUCGUCAUGGAACAGAAGCGCGUUCUGUUGUCAGCAUUGAGUGUUGGGGUUGGGUUGGGUGUGGGGCUCGGGUUGAGUUCAGGGCAGAAAUGGGUUGGCGGGAAUCGUGCCUCUGAUGAGCUUUCUUUGGAGCAGAUUGAGCAGGAGCUCAAGAAGCUGGUGGUUGAUGGAAGGGACAGCAAGGUUACGUUUGAAGACUUUCCUUAUUACUUGAGUGAAAGAACUCGAGUUUUGUUGACAAGUGCCGCAUAUGUUCAUUUAAAACAUCUGAAUUUUUCCAAGCACACCAGGAACCUCUCACCAGCAAGCAGGGCUAUUUUGCUAUCUGGUCCAGCUGAACUUUACCAGCAAAUGCUUGCCAGAGCUUUAGCACAUUGCUUUGAAUCAAAAUUGUUGUUGUUAGAUAUUACUGACUUCUCUUUGAAGUUGCAAAACAAAUUUGGAUGUUCUAGAAAAGUACCAUCUUUGAAAAGGUCAAUAUCCGAGGCAACUUUGGAGCGAAUGUCUGGUUUGUUUGGUUCCUUUUCAAUGCUUUCUUCAACAGGAGAAACAAGAGGAAUUCUGCGUCAACAAAGCAGUGCUGCUGAAAGUUCCAAUCCUCCAAAGCUUAAGAGGAAUGCUUCUGCUGCAUCAGAUCUAAGUAGCACUGCUUCCCAGUGUGGCCCAACAUUUCCAGCUCCUUUAAAGCGCACAAGUAGCCUGUGUUUUGAUGAAAAGCUCUUUGUGCAAUCUCUUUACAAGCUUUUGGUUUCUAUCACCGAAACUAGUUCCAUCAUAUUAUACAUCAGGGAUGUUGAGAAGCUAGUUCUCCAAUCACCAAGGUUAUAUAAUUUAUUACAAAAAAUGAUAAAGAAACUGUCAGGCGCAGUGUUGAUACUUGGUUCCCAGUUAUUAGAUUCAGAAGAUGAUUGCAAAGAAGAUGAUGAAAGGAUCACUGCAUUGUUCCCCUACAGCAUUGAGAUCAAAGCUCCUGAAGAUGAAACUAAUCUUGGCAGUUGGAAAGGCCAACUUGAAGAGGACAUGAAAAUUAUUCAGUUCCAAGAUAACAGAAACCACAUUGCUGAAGUACUAGCAGCAAAUGACAUUGAAUGUGAUGACUUGAAUUCAAUCUGCCAUGCAGACACUAUCUUACUUGGCAAUAUUGAAGAAAUCGUAGUAUCUGCAAUAUCUUAUCAUUUGAUGAAUACAAAAGAUCCAGAAUACCGAAAUGGAAAGCUAGUUAUAUCGGCCAACAGUUUGUCCCAUGGAUUGAGUCUGUUCCAGGAAGGCAAGAGUAGUGGGAAUCUUAAGACUAACGAAUCUAACAAGGAAAAUGCUGGAGAAGAUAUUAUUGGUGCAAAAAAUGAAAUGAAGUGUGACAACCAAGCACCUGAAAACAAGAGUGAAACAGAGAAAUCCAUCCCAGUAACAAAGAAAGAUGGCGAAAAUCCUACACCUGCAAAAGCAGAAGUUCCUGACAAUGAGUUUGAGAAGCGCAUAAGACCAGAGGUUAUCCCUGCAAAUGAGAUAGGGGUUACAUUUGCAGAUAUUGGUUCGUUGGAUGAGAUCAAAGAAUCACUUCAAGAGCUUGUGAUGCUUCCUCUGAGAAGGCCAGACCUCUUCAAAGGUGGGCUUCUAAAGCCAUGUAGAGGUAUAUUGCUGUUUGGGCCUCCUGGUACUGGAAAAACAAUGCUAGCAAAGGCAAUUGCAAAUGAAGCUGGUGCAAGUUUCAUCAAUGUCUCAAUGUCAACCAUCACAUCAAAAUGGUUUGGGGAAGAUGAAAAGAACGUGCGUGCUCUGUUCACACUGGCAGCUAAGGUUGCCCCAACAAUUAUAUUUGUUGAUGAGGUUGACAGCAUGCUUGGACAGCGGACUAGAGUAGGAGAGCAUGAGGCCAUGAGGAAGAUUAAAAAUGAGUUCAUGACACAUUGGGAUGGACUAUUGACAGGGCCUAAUGAGCAAAUUUUGGUUCUUGCUGCAACCAACAGGCCAUUUGACCUUGAUGAAGCUAUCAUAAGGCGCUUUCAGCGCAGGAUCCUGGUUGGUCUUCCAUCUGUUGAGAACAGGGAAAAGAUCUUGAAGACACUUCUGGCUAAAGAGAAAUAUGAAAAUUUAGACUUUAAAGAGCUGGCAACCAUGACAGAAGGAUAUACCGGAAGUGAUCUUAAGAAUUUGUGCAUCACUGCGGCUUAUCGACCUGUUAGGGAGCUAAUACAGCAGGAGAGAACGAAGGAAAUGGAAAAAAAGAAAAGAGAGGCAGAAGGCCAAAGCUCAGAAGAUGCUUCAAACAAUAAAGAUAAGGAAGACCAAGAAAUUACCUUGAGGCCUUUAAACAUGGAAGAUAUGAGACAGGCUAAGAGUCAGGUGGCUGCAAGUUUUGCAUCAGAAGGAUCUGUAAUGAAUGAGUUGAAGCAGUGGAAUGAUCUGUAUGGAGAAGGUGGUUCAAGGAAGAAACAACAACUCACUUACUUCCUUUAGAUUGUGGAAUGCUACUUUUAUUUUGGAUUUGUUCAACAUUCAUCUCAACGAUGCAUUUUAACUAAGGAAGAAGUCCUUCACCAGAGAUGUUGAACGCAAAGCAUGCCCAAAUGUGAAAGAGAUGUUAUGAUUCCCAAAAAAGCAAAAAGUAUUGGCACACCUAUUCUGUAAAGGAUGUGUAGAUCAUCAUGGGUUAUGUUUAGAAAAAGGUUAUCGAGUUUUGUUUGGAUUUUCUACAAACAAAUGAGCACCUGCACUAGGGGAUUUAUAUUCUGUCAUGCACGGUUUUGGAAGAUGCAAUGGCUUUGUAGGAAGUAGGAAUAUUUUUCAGCAAUCCUUUUAGGUAUGUAUUAUAUAUGAUCAGAAUUUUCAGACAGUUGAAUUUUGUAAAUUGAUCGUGCAGUUGCACUGCUCAUACAGUUUGGUUCAAUUAUUUAUCUAAAUUCAACUUAAAGAUGGCUAAUCAUCUUUAAACAAAAA